AUGGCACGGCCGUCGGAGCGGACCUCUACUCGGGCUGUAAAUAAUGUCCAAGGCGCAAUCCAGUCUAUCGAUGAUACCCCGCAUUUGUCCGCAGACUCACGGAACUGGAACAGUACUCAAGCUGUCCAGGAUGCAGAGAGCGCAACGGCCCUGACCACGAGUGUUACACCGGGCCCUACCGUUGAACUGCCGACAGGCCCGGAGAAUGCAGGCUCUGCCGAAGCUCAACCAUCUGGCCCGGUUACUUACUUCCCAGCCGUUGACGGCGAUAUCAGCCGUGCAUCCACUACUCCGGGUCCUAGUAAUGACUCCCCACUCAGAGAGAGUCGGGGAGUCAUUGCCAAGGACCGAAACCUGACUCGUGCUGUCUGUGGAUACAACUCUAAGCCUUGUCUGCUCGAUGAUGCUACUUUUCCAAAUAUUACCCCGGCUUGUGUUAACGGGGAGAUUGGCCUCUUACGUUACUUCCGCUACUACCUGGCUCCCUGGAUCGAUGCCGGUGACCCGGAGUGUACGUUUGCGAUUCAAGUGUUGCUUCUUGCAAAGAGCAAGCGCUCAUUAUUGGCCGCGAUCCUGGCACUUUCCUCAACUCAUUCAUGCCUCCUGCGGGAUCGUAGUGGCAAUGAGAGGAGUGCCGCAUUUCGCCACGAGGCCGAACAGGGCCUCGCCGUAGCGGACGAUCCUGUAGGACGAACCCUCAUAAUGUUGCAGGACUUCUUCUCAUUUCAUCCACGACAAUGGAGGGACUUCUUGCUAUCCCAGAUUCGUACGUUUGACAGUGUGAGGCCGGUAAACUCUCUGCAGAGUGGGCUAAGUGAGCCAUGGUGGUUGCUCAACUUUCGAAUUGAUCUCGCUGCAUCAGUAAUAAGUGCACAGGCACCGUUGAUGCUCAGCCACUCUUGGUUAUUGCCCGGUGGCUACAGGAUCGGCUCAUACCCGCUGCCGCAGCAACAGUCAUCCGCCAAAUUAGUAUACCUACGUGCGCUGCUCCUUCUGGCUCAUUGCCUGUGCGUGCUUUUUGCCCAACCCGGCACAUUAUCUCCGCUUCCAGAAGGUGGAGGACAACUAGCCGCUCGCUCCUCCUCCAAGACUGAUUUUACUUCGCUAUGGGCAUCCCUCUGGACUGAUUGCCAAGAGUGGUACCACGACCGGCAAGUGGAGAUGCAGGCGAUUGUGGACAUCCGAGGCGCAGAUGCCGAUCAAAUCAACCCCGGGAGCUACUCCUCUUUUCCCAUUCUUAUCUACACCACCCCUCUUGCUCUCUUAGCUAACGCUAUAUACCAUAUUACUUCCUUUCUGCUGCUUACACACAGACCCAGGCUACUGAAGACAAUAGCUGGUCCCCGAUAUUUUACAUCGCGGAUCUGGCAUGCCCAGGCCAUUAUAGGAAUCGCUACGAGCAAUGAAUUUGGAGAGCAGUGGGAUACGAUUCUGAUCGCCGGUCUGCUCACAGUAGCGCGAGAUAUGACCCACGCGUCACAGCAAUCUAUUUUGCUCAACUUGCUGGGAAAGAUAGCCAUGGAGACUGGAAUCAACCUGGAUCACGAGAUUGAUGUGCUUCGAUCCGGAUGGGACAUUUCACAGUACGAUGAAGAGACAAUUGGCUAA